AUGACCAAUAUAACAAAAUUCCUGCUCAUGGGAUUCCCUGAUGAUCAGGUGCUACAGAGACUUUAUGCUGCCUUCUUCUCCCUGGUUUACCUGGUGGCACUAAUGGGAAACCUCCUCAUUAUCACUCUCACCACCAUUGACCAGCAUCUCCAAUCCCCCAUGUACUUCUUCCUCAAAAAUUUUUCAUUGAUUGAUAUCUGUUACAUCUCUGUCACUGUCCCCAAAUCUGUUAUGAACUUUCUGACCAAUAGCCAUUCCAUCUCCUUCAUGGGAUGUGCUUCACAGGUUUUCCUUGUUGUUUUCUUUGUUGGCACAGAGUUUGCCCUACUUCUGGUGAUGUCCUAUGACUGCUAUGUUGCCAUCUGCUGUCCUUUGCACUUUCAUGUCAUCAUGAAUAGAGGUUCCUCUGUGCAGAUGGUGACAGCAUCAGGGUUCAGUGGGGGUGUCUAUGGAUCCAUUCAUGUUGCUGGUACAUUCUCUGUCCAUUUCUGUGGUUCCAACAUAGUUCACCAAUUCUUUUGUGAUGUGCCAUCACUGCUCACACUGGCUUGCUCUGGGGAACAAAUUCUGGAAUAUGUGUUUAUUAUUGUUAGUUGUUGUUUUGGAUUUAUAUGUUUUAUUUUAUUGGUUGUAUCUUAUGUUUACAUUUUUUCUACUGUUCUAAGAAUCCCAUCUGNUUCUGCAAAGGGCAGAGUGAAAAGUCUUUCAACCUGCCUGCCUCACCUUACUGUGGUGACAUUGUUUCUCUUUUCUGGGAUUAUCACAUAUUUAGCUAAAAAUUUUAAAUCUUCAUCUUCACUGAAAGUGCUGAUAUCAGUGCUUUACACUGUGUUACACCCCACCAUGAAUCCUCUCAUUUACAGCCUGAGAAACUGGGAUAUGCAAAUGGCCUUGGGCAAACUGAUAGCUGGGGAAAUGUUUAGAACAGUUUUUUAA